CUUCUGAAAUCAGACAAAAAAAAAGUUGCUUCUGAAAUCAGACAAAAAAAAAGUUGCUUCUGUUCUGAAAGACUGCUGCUGAGCUCGGAAUCUGCUCCGUCACUUCGUGAUCAUCAUAAUUAGGGUUUUCUUUGUAAUACUUGAGAAUCUAGAUUCAGAUUGUUGUCAAAUUGGUGGAUUACGUUGUGGUUACUUAUGGACGGAGAGGAGUUAACCGAGCAGGAGACUGCAUUGUACGAUCGCCAAAUUAGGGUUUGGGGUGCUGAUGCUCAACGAAGAUUGAGCAAAUCUCACAUAUUAGUUUACGGGAUGAAAGGAACUGUUGCCGAGUUUUGCAAGAACAUUGUAUUAGCGGGGGUUGGUAGUUUGACACUGGUGGAUGAUCGUGCUGUGACUGAAGAUGCAUUAUCUUCAAACUUUUUGAUACCACCUAAUGAGAAUGUGUAUGCUGGGAAAACACUUGCUGAGCUUUGUUGCAAUUCUCUGAAAGAAUUCAACCCAAUGGUUCGGGUUUCUGUUGAGAAAGAAUAUAUGCAGCUAAUUGAAAACAAAAUAAGCAUCCAAAUUACAGGUGAUUUGUCAAGAUUUGGUGGAGACUUCUUUGAUAAGUUUGACAUUGUAAUUGUCAGUUGCUGCACCCGCAUGACCAAGAAAUUGAUCAAUGAGAAGUGUCGCAAGUUAUCAAAGCGUGUAGCAUUUUAUACAGUUGACUGUAGAGAUUAUUGUGGUGAGAUUUUUGUUGAUUUGCAGAAGUAUAUAUAUACAAAGAAAAAGCUUGAUGAAAACAAUCAACCCACCACCGUUGAAUGUGAAUUGCAAUACCCAAGUUUUCAGGAAUCAAUUUCAGUACCUUGGAGGAAACUCCCCAGGAGGGUGUCGAAGCUUUAUUUUGCCAUGAGAGUGAUAGAAAGCUUUGAAGAGGCUGAGGGACGAAAUCCAGGGGAAAUUUCAAUGGAGGAUCUUCCUGCUGUUUUAAAGCUGAAAAAGGAACUUUGUGAGGCACAGUCGAUGAACGAAUCUCAUAUUCCUAAUGCCCUCCUGGAAAGAUUGGUGAUGGGUAAAAGAGAGUUCCCUCCAGUUUGUGCCAUCAUUGGAGGAAUCCUUGGACAGCGAGAACAAGAAGCCAUUGUGUUUUGGGGAAAGAUAGAUUUCACUGGAGGCCUCAACCAGGCAAAAGAGUACAGUUAAAGAAAUCCUGGUUCGAGGGAUUCAGGAAAGAAGUGUCAUCAUGGUAGGCUGUGUUUGCCGAUACACGAGCUGCCCUGUUGCCACUACGUCUGAUAAAACCUGAAAACAACACUUUCUAGCGUAGAUUUCAAGGUAUUGAAUAUUUUUAAUGGGCUAAGGUGUUUCCUUGAUUCAUGGGUGUGGCCUAGACUGUUGGGCGCGUUCAAAAAUGUUCUUUUGAUAAUGGGAGGUGGGGGAUAUGCAAUCAGUUUGUCUCGUAAAUUAUAACUGAUACAAAAGGAAGCGCACCUGGGUCACACUUAUUCUUCACGUGGAAUUAUGUGGAUAAAUUUAUAUCCUUGUUAAAGAGGAAACAAGUGGCUUUAUGUUAAUUUAAAAAAAACAAUAAGUAAGAUUGUGAUGCACAUUGUUAUGAAGGUGAAAUUAUAUGAACCAGAUGCUUACUUAGGUCAGGGAAUGCGCUUGAAGCUGGAGGAAUCAUAUACGGAACAGCCGCAAGGCAAACUGUGGAGAUUAGAGAACGAAAGAAAAAGAAAAAGAAAUCAGAUUAUAGGAACCAAACAGAAUUGUAACCCUCCUGUCUCCUGCGAAGGGUCGCAAAUCCUAGUAACCAACACAAUGUUUAGGGAAAGUGCACAAAUCUCCAGCUCAGAAAGGUCGUCAAGAUUCCAUUGUUGAAGUAAUAGUCCAGAUUUUUUCUUCCAUGACAUCGUCGAGUUGUAUUCGUAUCAACUAUAUUAAGCUUGAGAAGCUCCAAACAGAAAUUCAAAAAUUAUAAAGUGGGUAGUUAUUAUCUCGCUAUAAUCUAAUGUCGUUAUAAUCCAGUGAAUCAGGUUCAAAUCAACGCCCGCUAACCUCAUUAUUGGUUCAAAAACACCACAAUCCCCAAGUCAUUAUAGAGUACGAUAAAGAUAGAGACCCUACCAUGGAAAGAUCAAGCAAUCAAGGGAAAGAUACAGAAGAAAAACCACACCAGCAGUACAACCUUUUGCAACAACAAUGGGACCCCAUAACAAUUAAAACCGAGAACCUUGUAUCGAUCGUCAACAGACUCAAUGGUUAAAGGCUUAAAGCCCUUCAUCUCCUCGACAACUCUCCGAUAAAUCUCAUGUCUUCUCUUCGACACAGGAGGUCACCUUCUGAUGGUGGCAGAGCAUGGAAGUUGAGGAACAAUGAUUUGGCAGUUGAAGAGAUACUGAGAGAGAGAAGGGCAGCCAUUGUGAGUGGCAAGUUGAAGGGCAGACGGCUUUUCCAGGUGGCGGAGGGUGCAAGUGAGGUGGGUUCUGGAGGGAGACAGGAGAUAAUAUGCAGUGGUUGGGAUGUUUUUGCUCAAGGGAGUGAUGAGAUGAGGUCAGUGUUUUCCUACGAUUCAGAUGAUGAGAAGGAAAAAGUUGAAAGCAAAGAAGAAGAGUUGUAUCCUGUUCAUUGCCAUUCUGGUUCUUGUUCAUCGUCAACUUCUUAUAUCUGUGAUGAUUGGAUCGAGGUGGCUCUGGCAAGUGACAAGGAAGAGAAGAAAGGUGUAAAUGGUGUUGUUGGAUAUCAGGAUAUGGCACUAGCUAGGUGGACGCUCGUCGUCAAGGGUUGGCUUGCUAUUGUUUUAAUUCUAAUUCUGUGUGCAAUUGGUAUCAUCUCAAUGAAGAUGCUUAGUGGCAAUGGGAAAGUAAAAGGGGUGAUUCUAGUCCCAACAUGAUCUCUCUCUCUCUCUUUCUCUCUCUCUCUCUCUCUCUUUCUUUGGUCUGUUCAGAGUGAUUCUUAUCUGAGGAGAGGUUGAUUCACGGAUCUGUAAAUAUUUUGUAAGAAAGUUUCUGUUCUUGUUAAUUGGAGAUUUUUAACUUCACCAUUUAUAAUUAA